AUGAAUAAUCAAUCACUCAUUGAUGAGCUUGAGAUCAAGAAAUGGAUACAACAGGUCAGUGUCAGUCAGCAAAGCAAUGCAAAGCAAAGCAAAACAGAUAAAGAGAGAGGAGAGAGAAAGAAUAUGAUUAUAAUCAGUUUGGGUGUAUUGAUAUCAAUACAUUUAUUGUCAAUCAAAGAGAAAUUGGACCUGGUAGAAUCAUUACAGUCUGGUACGAUACUUUGCAACCUCAUCAACAGCAUACGAUUGGGAACCAUACAGAAAAUACAUCUACAUCCAUCACAACUACAAAAGAUUGAGAAUAUCAGAAAUUAUCAAAGAGCCUGUUGGUUACUAGGUUUACAUUCUCGUUAUUCAUUCCAAUCCUCUCAAUUACUAUAUACACCAAAAGAAUCAAGAAAUUAUUUGAUCAUCAAUUUAUCAGAACUUUGUAAACUUUCAAAUCACAUACCAAAGAAUGGAAGCUUUUUAUCAUCCCCAAAUUUUAAUUUUGGUUCUGCUCCCAAUAAUAUAAUCAAACAACAUAGUAUUAAUAAUAAUAAUAAUAACAAUAAUAAUAAUAAUAAUAACCAUAUGAAUAUUCAACAUAGUCAGAUAUCAUCCAAUACUUCAACGCCUUCAAAUCCAGCUACACCAACGGUUCCACUUCUUCCAACACCACCAACAUUAUCCGUGGGUCAUGCAAGUAGUCAUAGCGUAUUAAAAUCAAAGUCUGGAUUUAUUCAAAAAAGAAUUUUGGAUGAUUCUUCGUCUGACGAUGAUUCAUCUUCGUCAGACUCAGAUGAAGAAGAGAAUAGUCCACCUUUAAUGUUUGGUAAUUCAAUAUCAUAUAAAUCUUUUGUAAAAGAAUUAUUACAUUUAAAAGAUAGAAUAUCAAAACAAGAAAAAACAAUUAUGGUUCAAAGAGAAAAGAUUGAUUUAUUACAAAAAGAGGUUGAUUCACAAAAGACGUUGAACAAGAAACUAGUGGAUACGCCCAUGGAUGUUUCGCGGUAUAUCGAGUUUGCAACCGAUCAGAAUGGUGCCAUUCCAGUAUCGACACAGGCAUUUACCAAGCAGAUUCAACAACUUCAACACUUACAACAAUCAGUUCAUACGUUGACGAGUCAAUUGUCGGGUGUCAAUGAACAAAUAUCCGAUCAAAUCAAACGUAAUAGUAGACUUGAGAAUGAAUUGUUGACGGCUGAAUCCGAACUACUUAGUUUGCGUAUGAAAUAUGCUAACCAAAUAUCGGACCCUCCCAACAAGAAUGCCAACUCUUCUCUGUCGAUUAGUUCCAAACAUCCACUCUCUCGUGCCAAUUCCAAUCUUCCACCUCUUCGAAAAUCAAUAUCUCACACCAACAUAUCAACACCCCAAUUCUCAUUCACGUCACCCAUGAUGGUGUUACCACCUUCUGGGACUCCUGGAUCUAUUGGUACCUCUGCAGGUCAAACACUAACAUUGCGUAUGAGUGGGAGCAAUAUAUUAAAUAAUAGUGCUCCUGCAAUUGGAAAUAUUGGAUAUGCAUUGAACAAUAGUAAUAAUAGCAGUCGUCGUAACAGUAUAAACACUCACAAGGAAUUACCAGUCGACAAGGAAAUGAUGGAUUUUGGUAAACAAAUUGUCUCUGCUCUCAUUAGCUCAAGUAAUCAUGUAGAAAUGACAGAUAUAUAUAAAAUGAAUAAUCUUUUUACAAAUGAUUUGGCUAGAAGACAAGUUUGUAUUACUUUGGAUGAUGAAACAAAAGCAAAUCAAAUGAAUUUACCAAUGAAUGAAAACGCAUUUGAAGUAACUUUAUAUCUUUUUAAUACUCUAUUACAAAAUUUAUAUGAAUCUCCAAGUAAGGAUUAUUUUAGUUUUAAAUUAAUAAUGGAUACAUCAAGAGUUUUAAAUAGAAAAAAGAGUAAUGGAUCAAAUGAAUUUAUACAAGAAUUUAUAAAAGAUCAUCCUGGUUGGAAGGAUAUGGUAUUUUGGGAGGAAAUGUACUGGGAUGAUAUAGUAAUGAAGCACGAGCAAUUGAUUGAAUAUAGCGACAUGGCAGACUUGGAUUCAGAACUAGUGUCUACAUUGUUAAUAUCUUAUGCUUAUAACUUGGCUGGAUGGGGAAUGGGUAAAAAGGAAGUCGUAGAAUUUACCAUUAAUUUAUCAAAGAAAUCACUUUUGCAGGGUGUCGACCACGAGAAAUUGGUGGAACAGGUCAAUUCAAUCGCAGAGUUGACAUUCAAAUCGGAUGGAUUCAAAGGUGAUCAUUCGUUUGUCAUGAAAAACUUUAAAAAUAUAUCAGAGUGUAAUUAUUGUCAUCAGUACAUAUGGGGCGUAAGAGGAAUCGUAGCUCGUCAAGCCUUUGAAUGUGUUGGUUGCAAAUUUAAAGCUCAUAAAAAAUGUUUAAAACAAGCUUCUGAUACUUGUUGUACAUCACCAAAUGUAGGAGCACCAUUUAAUGUUAAACAUGAAAUUCAUGUUGGUUUGGCAUUACAAGGUAUCCCAGAACAAUGGAAAACAUUACUGAUCCAAAGUGGUUUCCAGGAUGGAGAAAUUGAUCAACAUCCUGAUGAUGUAUUAGAUGUAUUGGAAUUCCAUCAUGUAUAUAAUGAAAAAAUUAAUAGUAAUAUUAGUAGCAGUAUUGGAAACAAUCAACAACACCAACAUCAACAAAGUUUAACAAUUUCACAAAACAAUCAACCUUCUUCACAUCCAUCUCCAAUAUUGUAUAGAGCAAGAGCAAUUUCUUCACCAUCUCUGGAUUCAAAUUUAAAUUUAGAAGAACCAUCAUUAACUCUUAAGGAUUUAGUAUCAAAUGAAAAUCCAGAAGAAUUAUAUGAAGAAAUACUUAAAAUUGGAGGAGGAUCAACAGGUAAUGUGUAUGUUGGAGUACAUAGACAAACAGGUGAAAAGGUUGCAAUCAAAAAGAUGAAGGUUGAUAAUCAAAACAUCAAGAAUAUCGUCAAUGAAAUUUGUACCAUGAGAAAUUGUACUCACAAGAAUUUAAUCAAAUAUAUAAAUUCACAUUUAGUUUUAAAUCAACUAUGGCUCAUUAUGGAAUAUAUGCCAUAUGGAUCAUUAACAGAUUUAAUAUCAAAUAAUCAUCAAGAUAUUUAUUUUACAGAAUCACAUAUUGCAUACAUAUUCCAACAAGUUUUGCAAGGUAUUGAUUAUAUACAUAAAGGACAUCGUAUACAUCGUGACAUUAAAAGUGACAAUAUAUUAAUUGGCAAGGAUGGAAGUAUCAAGAUUGCCGACUUUGGAUUUGUAGCCAAUCUGACGAGAGCAAGAGCACAAAGAAACAGCGUUGUUGGAACACCCUAUUGGAUGGCACCAGAACAAAUCAAAGGUAUCAAUUACAAUCACAAAGUUGAUAUUUGGAGUUUGGGUAUUUUGGCAAGAGAAUUGUCUGAGGGCGAACCUCCCUAUGCCCAGUACCCACCAGUUCGUGCUCUCUUUUUGUUGACACUCGAAGGUGUACCCGAUUUCAAAGAACCCUCCAAAUGGUCACCCGAUUUCAUUGAUUUUGUAAACCUUUGUCUCAGCCUCGACAGCCAGAGAAGACCAGACGCCCAUUACCUUUUGCGUCACAACUUCCUCAAAAAAGCAUGUCCCAACAAAGACUUUGUUGAAAGAAUUGAAGAAAUAUCAUUGAUGAAACAAAACCAUUUCUCUGAUAUUCAAUUGAAAUAA